UGGCUAUAGCCUUGAGAAUCGAGACAUCUUUUUUUAUACCGGUCUCCACGCAGACGUCUUCAAGGAGUUGGUGAAAGUUGUGCCACAGUUUGCUACAACAAAUUUUAUGAUGCCUGUUGAGCAGCAGCUUUUGCUCACGCUAAUGAAGUUGAGGCUCGGCCUUAUAUAUGGCGAUCUGUCGAGGAGGUUUGCGGUUUCGGUUUCAACUGUAGGGAACAUUUUUCGCGCCAUGCUUGCUACACUAGGGCAAGUCCUAAGGAAUGUAGUGGUGUGGCUCUCUCGAGACACUAUCUUCAGAAACAUUCCGCGAUCCUUUGAGGAGAAUGGUUUUGCAGGUACUACUUGCAUCUUGGAUUGCACUGAGGUGUUCUUGCAGCGACCGAAAAAAUUGCUCGCUCGGGCACAGACGUAUAGCUCAUACAAAGGCCACAACACUGUGAAGUUUUUGGUGGCUAUUGCACCUCACGGAUCGGUGAUGUUCGUGUCCAAGGUCUACGGUGGACGAGCGUCUGACAAGCAUAUUGUAAGAGACUCUGGAAUCAUUUCACACUUUGAACGUGGCGAUCAUGUGAUGGCCGACAGGGGUUUUUCUCUUGACCCCGAGAUGGAAGCGAAGGGAGUAGCACUCAACACGCCAGCCUUCACGCGAGGGAAGGCUCAGUUAUCCGAACAAGAGGUGACGGAGACUAGGAGGAUUGUGUCUGUCCGAAUUCACGUAGAGCGGGCAAUAAAUAGGAUAAAAUCCUACAGGAUUUUGAAGCAAGCACUCCCCAUACACCAUCGCAAGGUUGCAAGCGACAUAGUUUUUGUAUGUGCAGGGUUGUGCAACCUGAAGGGGCCUUUAAUCAAAAAGUAA